GUUCUUGGGGACUGCAAAGCCAAGGCAUGCGCCGGGACUGAGAAGGCAGAGCCCUGCGAGCGAACAGUCCCGCAGUAAGACCGAGGCCCGAGAGGGGCAGCCCAGCGCCCACCGCGUCCCACUCUGGCCCGGAGGCAACGCUUCAGGCGCGCGGCAGUACCUCCACCCAGGGGACUCCAGGAGCCCGGCUGCAGCCAGCUAGCUCCUGGCGCUGGUUUUUCAAAGACUAAUCGUAGUUGCUAACUUUACUAGUCCAGAGGGAGACUUGCGCUCACUCCUAGCCGGAACAAUCGCCCCCUUGCACCCCAGCGUGCAGUGUCUCCCGGGGCUUGAAUAUUGGGAGCGGCCCCCUAAGGGUUCCGAAGGCACGUGCCAGGCACCAACAUGAAGAAAGCAGAGCCGGCGGCGCGGAAGCCCCGGGGUUUGCAGCCGGCCACUGUACCCACGGUGCUAUGGCUCGUGGUAGCGCUGCUGGUCUUUCCGGGCACCCGAGGGCGCCCAGCCGAGGACGACGAAGAACUGGUGCUGCCCGCAGUGGAGCGCGCCGCGGGGCAGGAGACCACGCGCCUUAGCCUGGAGGCCUUCGGGCGGCAGCUGCGCUUGGAGCUGCAGCCCGACCACGGCUUUCUGGCCCCGGGGUUCACGCUCCAGACCCUGGGGCGCAGCCCCGGGCCCGAGGCCUUGAACUCAGACCCCACUGGCAACCUGGCCCAUUGCUUCUACUCGGGCACGGUGAACGGCGACCCGGGCUCCGCUGCGGCGCUCAGCCUCUGCCAGGGCGUGCGAGGCGCUUUCUACCUGCGGGGCGAGGAGUUCUUCAUACAGCCGGCCCCCGCGGCCGCGCCCGCCGCGAGCCUCGCCCCCGGGGCGGCUGCUGCCGAGCCGCUGCCCGCGCAGUUCCAUCUGCUGCGUCGGAGGCGGCGGGGCGGUGACGGCGCCAAGUGCGGGGUCUUGGACGAAGAAAGACUGCUCCCCGGGGGCGAGGGGCCCGAGGACGGAGAAGCUGGGGGUCAAGGUCAGGAGCCACGCGCAGAACAGCCAACAGGAACUGGAAGCAGAAGAAAGAAGCGUUUUGUGUCCAGCCCCCGCUAUGUGGAAACCCUGCUUGUGGCUGACCAGACAAUGGCGGAGUUCCAUGGGAAGGACCUGAAGCACUACCUUCUCACCUUGUUCUCUGUGGCGUCCAGGUUGUACAAACACCCCAGCAUUCGGAAUUCCAUUAGCCUGGUGGUGGUAAAGAUCUUGGUCAUCUAUCAAAAAGAGAAGGGACCCGAAGUGAACUCUAAUGCUGCUAGUACAUUGCGGAAUUUCUGCAAUUGGCAAACGCAAUACAACCCACCCAGUGAUCGGGAUGCUGAACACUAUGACACAGCGAUUCUCUUCACCAAAGAGGACUUGUGUGGCGCCCAUACAUGUGAUACUCUGGGGAUGGCUGAUGUUGGAACUAUGUGUGUUCCCAGCAGAAGCUGCUCAGUCAUCGAAGAUGAUGGUUUAAAAGCUGCCUUCACUACAGCCCAUGAAUUAGGCCACGUGUUGAACAUGCCACACGAUGAUGCAAACCAGUGUGCCAACUUUAACAGUGUGGACCAGAAGACCCACUUGAUGUCAUCGAUACUCUCCAACCUGGACUAUGCACAGCCUUGGUCUCCCUGCAGUGCGUCCAUGAUCACGUCCUUUCUGGAUAAUGGUCACGGUGAAUGUUUGAUGGACAAGCCCCAGAGAUCCUUACGGCUCCCCUCCAAUCUCCCAGGAGCUCUGUAUAAUGCCAGCCGGCAGUGCCAGUUUCUCUUUGGGGAGGAAUCCAAGCACUGUCCCGACUCAGCCAGCACCUGCCUGACUCUGUGGUGCACCGGCACCAUGAAUGGGCACCUCGUGUGCCAAACCAAAUACUUCCCAUGGGCAGAUGGGACCAGCUGUGGAGAGGGAAAGUGGUGUGUCAGUGGCCAGUGUGUGAACAAGACCGAUGGGAAGCACUUUGGAACUCCUAUUCAUGGGAGCUGGGGACUGUGGGGGCCCUGGGGCGAGUGUUCCCGGACCUGUGGGGGAGGAGUUCAGUACACAAUGAGGGAAUGUGACAACCCAGUCCCCGAAAACGGAGGAAAGUACUGUGAAGGCAAGCGCGUGCGCUAUCGGUCCUGUAACAUUGAGGACUGCCCAGAUAAUAAUGGAAAAACCUUCAGGGAGGAACAAUGCGAGGCACACAAUGACUUCUCAAUGACUUCCUUCGGGAGCGGGCCUGCGAUGGAGUGGACACCCAAGUACGCUGGCGUUUCUCCAAAGGACAGGUGCAAGCUCAUCUGUCAAGCCAAAGUCACUGGUCACUUCUUUGUGUUUCAGCCCAAGGUGGUAGAUGGUACUCCCUGUAGCCCGGAUUCCACCUCUGUCUGUGUGCAAGGACAAUGUGUCAAAGCUGGCUGUGACCGCAUCAUUGACUCCAAAAAGAAAUUUGACAAAUGUGGCAUUUGUGGAGGAAACGGAUCCACGUGUAAGAAAGUAACAGGAUCCGUCACCAGGGCAAAACCUGGAUACCAAGACAUUGUCACAAUUCCAACUGGAGCCACAAACAUUGAAGUGAAACAGCGGAACCAGAGGGGAUCCAGAAAUAAUGGAAGUUUUCUUGCCAUCAAAGCUGCCGAUGGCACGUAUAUCCUUAAUGGUGACUUUACCUUGUCUACCUUAGAGCAAGACAUCACCUACAAAGGUACUGUCCUGAGGUACAGUGGCUCCUCUGCGGUGUUGGAACGGAUCCUCAGCUUCAGCCCCCUCAAAGAGCCCUUAACCAUCCAGGUCCUUACUGUGGGCAACGCCCUCCGACCGAAAAUCAAAUUCACUUACUUUGUGAAGAAGAAGAUGGAGUCUUUCAAUGCAAUCCCUACCUUCUCAGAAUGGGUCAUUGAAGAGUGGGGUGAAUGUUCCAAGACAUGUGGACUGGGGUGGCAGAGGAGACUAGUGGAAUGCAGAGAUAUUAACGGGCAACCUGCUUCAGAGUGUGCCAGGGAAGUGAAACCAGCCAGCACCAGGCCCUGUGCAGAUGUGCCCUGUCCCCACUGGCAGUUGGGGGAGUGGUCACCGUGCUCAAAGACUUGUGGGAAGGGUUACAAAAAAAGAACCUUGAAGUGUCUGUCCCAUGAUGGGGGGGUGUUGGCCCACGAGAGCUGUGAUCACCUAAAGAAACCUAAACAUUACAUUGACUUUUGCACAAUGGCAGAAUGCAGUUAAGCAGUGGCAGUGGUGAGGGCAAAGCCAAGUGUGGGAGGGCUGAUGCUCUGACACAAAGAAGGCUGGAGGGGCCCAAUGGACUUUGCAAGUCAACAAGGAGUGUCAGCGAGAUGGGAGCAUGGGAGUCGGUGGAAAAGAUGUUUGAUCAUGUGAAUAUCCCACCACUUACGCAUUUGAUAGGAUAGGAAAUGGGAGUUACUAGAAGAUAUUCAAGUCCUAAGCGAUUAGCGUCGUAUCUUUCGUUACAUCUAUUGCAGACUAAUCAAGAAGAAAACGUAGCCAAAAUACACUUAAGAAAGAUUACAAUCCCUGUUGCCUGGUACCAAUUAAAUCCUUUGUAUCAUGGGGUUUGGAAAAGGAAGAGCAGGAGAUGGAUGAGAUUUGGCAUUUAAACAUGGCCUGCAUUCCCUCACUAACACACAGGGUGGGGCUGAGGGUGGGGCAGGGAUGGGAGUGCAAAUAGGGUCUGGGACCAGCCUUGUUGAUGCUGUUGUGGUUUGAGAGAAGAGUUUGCACCCCAUUUCCUACCAAGAGUUAUGAGUUCAGAUUGCUCAGCCUGAGAGGUGCACAGCCAACUGAAAUGGCUCCAAUGCGUUCAUCUUUGCCUUUUUGUAUCAUCUUCACCUUUAUUUGUGUAAUAAGUUUUUUGAUGAAGAAAUAAUUACAUGUAAUUUGUAAGGAUACAUUAAAUAUCCAGAGGCCAAAGACAAGGAAGUGAGGUAUCAGGUGCUGUAUAAAACAAGAGGAGCCGCAGUACAUUGGGUACCUCUGCCUUUCUUUCCUCCUGAUGUAGGCUUGCCUUUGUGUGCACAGGAAGGAACCAAUGGGUCUCAAUAAAGCCAGUCAGAUUACACAAAAGAACGUAAUGCCAGAAGACAAAUGGGGGGUGUGGAACAGGUCCCGAGUGCUUGGGGAUGUCAAGGUCACUUGUCUCAUGGUGUGGAGGGUACUGAGGGGUAGCAGGUCCACCCCCAGAAGCUGUUCCAACAGUCAUAUCCUGGUGAAUGUCUGUCCAGCUCUUUAACAAUGAUAGAGAAAAUGUCUUUUUCCAUAUGUAGAUAGUAAAAUAUGUUACUAUACGUUGUAUGUACUUUAUAAGUAUUGAUUUGUGCCUUCCUUCUAAGAAGGAUUAUAAUUGGUAAUAAAUGCCUAUAUGAACAUA